GAUUAAUAGUUAUUAACUCUAGCUAAUGAAUAAGCAUUUAUUCGAAAUUAUUAUGAUGAGACCUCAAAAAUUUCAAAGACGAGUUGCAUAAUUUCUGCUGGAUUUUUUGAUAACCUCUUAAAUAAUUUAACGACAUUAAACCUAUUAUCUGCGCGUAUUUAUCUCAUAUUUGUUUUGCAAGCAGAUAAAUUCGUGAUGUAAAAAUAGGAAAAUAUGAAGGCAAGUACUUGAUAAACCUAUAAGGCAAUACCGACAUACUAAAGUUGAUUUAUAAGUCUAUUACAGAUUCGCCAUGGAGGUAGCCUUGGGGUUUUUCGGAGUUAUCCUAGCUUGCUUUACUAUUAUUUUAACUCGAUGGAUCAUCUGUCGACGUAAUAUUCAUCGAAGCUUAAAAAAAUAUGGAAUACCAGGACCAAAACCUGAUUUCAUAGCUGGGAAUAUGUACCAGUUACAGAAGGAACCCAAUCCAAAUGAUAUCAUAGAAGAUUGGCUCAAAAAAUAUGGAGACGUGUUUGGAUAUUUCAUGGGAGAAGAUAUUUAUGUUGUAAUUAAGGACUUGGAAAUGUUAAAGAAAGUUUUAAUAAAAGAUUUCAGCGUAUUCAGUAACAAGCCCACAUUUCUGUUGCAAACGGAUCCAUUUCCUAAAAUGUUAAUUGGACUUCGAGACAAACGAUGGAAGGAAGUUCGAAAUGUCCUCACUCCAGCAUUCUCUUCGGGAAAAAUCAAAUUUAUGACAGAUGUCGUUUCCAAGAAGGUUGAUUUGUUUGUUGAUUUAGUAAUGAAAAAAGCAAAUAACAAGGAAAUAAUCAACAUCCAUGAGCUAGGGCAAGGAUUAACAUUGGAUGUGAUAUCUGCAUGUGCUCUUGCCGUGAAGAAAAAUAUUCAAGAGAAUCCAAAAGAUGAUAUUCUACAAGCUGUGAGGGAUACUUUUAAGCACCAAUUUAAUCCCAUUGAAGAAUUGGGCAUACUCUUUCCAUUCCUUUCCAAAAUUCUUCACUUGUUUGACGAUUUGUUCAUAUUUAAGAAAUCUCUAAACACUAUAGCUGAUCAUUUGAAAGUCGUCAUGAAAGAGAGGCGUCAAAACCCGAAUCUAAGAAGUUUGGACAUUCUUCAGUCAAUACUGGACAGCUGUGAUAGUGUUUCAGAUGGAAAUGGUACAAAACUGACUGAAGAGGAAGCUAUAGCGAACGCUCUUGUUGUCCUUCUAGCAGGCUAUAACACAACGGCUAACUCCCUAGGGUUCACAUUCUUCUUAUUAGCCACACACCCAGAAAUACAAGAUCGUCUGUAUCAAGAGAUCCGACAGGCUAGAGAUACUUCCUAUUCUACACUGCAAAAUAUGACCUAUUUGGAUCAAGUAUACAGCGAGUCGCUCCGUGUAUAUCCUCCUGUCACUGGUUUCAUCCAUAGAAAAUGCGACAGGGACUACGAUUUGGGACCAUAUACCAUACCCAAGGGGGCAAAUAUCAUAGCUCCAGUUUGGAAUAUUCAUCAUGAUCCGAAUUUGUGGCCUGAUCCAAAUAAAUUUGAUCCAGAUCGCUUUUCACCGACUAAUAAAGGAUCCAUUCAAAGCAUGUCUUAUUUCCCUUUUGGAGCAGGUCCGAGGAAUUGUAUUGGAUCUCGCUUCGCACAGUUGGAGGCGAAAAUAGCUAUAUACAGAAUUUUGCAGAAAGUGAAAUUGGAACCUUGUGAGAAAACAGAUAACCCCCUGUCUCUUGUCUGCGCUGCUUUUACGAUACUUCCAGUAAAUGGUGUAUGGCUAAAAGCGACGCCAAGAAAUCCAUGUUAAAAUAUACAAUAAAAAUAGUGACAACUAA